ACCCAGAGAACAAUAUACCACCGGCAUCAUGAAGGACCUGUAUCAGCUGGCUAUUUCGCUCAUCUGCCUUCUAACUGGCCUGAAGGCCCCAGCACUAGCGAUGAAAGUUUCUCAGCCCAGAGAAGUCAUCGUUGAAAAACACAACGUCACUCUGCAGUGCAAGUACAACAUCACUGGAGACAAGAGAGGCGAGACAUUCCGGGUCACCAUUUUCAAAGAUAAGCCGGGGAAAAGAAAUGAAGUCUGCUCUGGCUCUUUUAACACGAGCAUGCUGCCCUUCGAGUCGAAAGGUGCUGUGCUGUGUGAGAUUCAGCCAGACGAAGGCAGCAUAUUGAUAAGAUUCAUUGGCAUGAACAGGUCUGGCUGGUACUUCUGCCACGUGGAGAAAAUGCAUCCAUUUCCCUACACAGAGGACACCGGGAAUGGGUCUUGGAUUUUCAUCAAGCCAGAUGUGAUUGAUCGAAAUCCGAGGCGGUGUCCUCAAGUCACCCAUGCCACUCUGAUCGUCCUAGGACUCGUGGGAAUUCUCCUGCUAUACAGCAUCAUCAUCACCUACCUGCACUGGCCUCUUGGCGCCACUGCGUGCAUUCUCGGGAUGAAGGAGGCGGUUGACAUGAAAUGUGAACUGAUUCACAAUUUUGACGAACCCGCUACUGCUACGUGGAAUGGCCAGCGCUGGGAGACAGGCCCAAGGCAAGGCAAAUAAUGAAAAAAGACCAAGAGGAACAGAACAGUGAAUAUGUAAAUAUGGAACCUCCCAGUCACGCCUCUGGUAGAAAACGAAAAUUGCAGUCAAUCGCACAUAAGCCCAAUGCCAUGUGAAGCACCAGCCAGGAAUGUAUCUGAGACUUCUCCUGAAGAGACCUGAGCAGGGUCCCUGAUGAAACACUCCCUUCUGCUUCCUUCCUGUCUCUUGCCUUGAUAACAAACCUAAGGGAAAACAAACACUGCUAGUUUAACUCUCUCAGUGCCUGCCAAAGCGUGGGUUGGGAUCGAACAAGGAGACCAAGGCACAGUGUAAUCCCAGCUACAACUCCAUCACUCUGAAGGAUGGAGAAUGGGCACAUCCUGUCAGAGGCUAGGCUCACACCAGACCCUCCCACAUCCUGCACUCCAACAAACUCCUGCCUGUUUUCUCCGGAGCAGCAGAGGCUGAUGGGAAUUCUCUUGGUACAAGUGUCUGUACGCAUUGGUGUGGGAGCCAUGUUGCAAGAAGAUAAUUAUCUGACUUUAUUCUGCUUCUUUCCACGCCUCCCUUUUGUAUCCUUUCCUCCACGUGUCAUUCCAGCAUCUGGCAGUGACCUGGUAGGAAGAGGAUUUCUCCACCCAGUUACUGCACAAGUGAGAAAGAGAUUGUUUUUGCCUUCUUCCAUCUCUCCUUCCUUCCCCUUCUUGCACAUCCUGAAUUCAAAGGAGUCCCAGCUGUUUCUGUAAAGCCCCUCCAUGUCACUUAACCAAUCUGUGCUGCAGCCACACCAAGCCCAAUGCACACCUCUUUAGGAACUGUGCCUGGGGCCGACAGUGCUCAGCGUUUUAUAGACAAGCACUGUCGAAGGCAGGAAGAAGUUGUUUGAGGGUGCCAUGCCAUUCGUUGAAGUUGUAGCUAAUAUUCUGCCUCAGUAUCUUCCCUCAGUUCCAGAGAUGAAUCCCCAUCUGUAUUCCAGUCCUUCAGCUCAAGAGCAAUAAUGUUGAAUUGGAUUCUGUAUCUGUUUUAUGGUACUUCACAAAAUGAGUACUUGAAAUUUCCAAGGCCUUUUCUCCUAAAAUUGUUCACCAUUUAAAGGAAAAUCUGAAGUGAGCCAUAAUGAAUACUCAGAAACACUGACAUCAAAAUCCUUUUGGUUCUGCUGUAACCGCACGUCUAUUUGAGUGGCCCAUUUCCUACUGUGAUUCAACCUACUAGAGAUCGGGAUGAAGGAUGAUCAACCACAGGGCACUGGCCUCCUGCGGAAAUGAACCCCAUAAAAGCAAUGCUUUUAAGAGAUACAGUUAAAAUAGAAAGAAACAACUGAAGUAUAUUACCAUGAAAACCAUUGGACCAUAGAACUGCACAGGGGCAAAUCCUUAUGCCCACAAUGCUAUCUGACCUGAUUAAACAAGCACUUAAAUCCCUUCUACCAACAUGAUGUCCAUAUCCUGCCAUUCCAAGCACAUUCAUGUGCUUAUCUAUGAACUUCUAUCACAUUUGCCUCCAGCACAAACCCGAACAGCACAUUCCAGGCAUGAACCGCUCUCAGCGUAAACAAAAUGGUGCCCCGCACAUGUCCUUUGAACCUUCCCCCUUUCACCUUAAAUGCAUGCUUUCCAUUAUUGGAUGUUUUGACCCUGAGAGAAAGAUACUGUCUAUGCCUCCCAUAAUCUUAUAAACUUCUACUGGGUCACCCCUCAGCCUCUACUGCUCCAGAUCCAGCCUCUCCUUACUGCACAUGCCCUCUAAUCCAGGCUCCAUCCUCAUAAACCUUGUGCGGUAUAUUAAAACAUGGCCGCUGCCCUACUAGUGAAGCCCUGGAGGUCUGGAGGGCAGAUCACUAGGUGUAUUUAAUGUGAAUGUGGAUGACUGUUUGAAAGACUGAGGAUCUGAGGGUUGUGGGUUUCUGGUACAUAAAAGGAACUGAGGCCAGCCCAUAGAUCAGCCACGAUCGAGGGGCUGAUGGUCCACUCCCACUCCUGUUCAUAAGACGAUACACCCAUAUAUAGACUCUGGUACAAGAACAUAACAGCAAAUGCUAGAUAUGUAGAUACUGAAAAUCUUACAUAUAGACGGACAAUGCUGGAAACACUCAGCUGGUCAGGCAGCGUCUGUGGAGAGGGAAGCAGUGUUUUAAGUUAAUAAGCUCUCAUCGGAUUGCAGUCAAGAGGAGAUUGUGUUCUGCUGGUCUUCAGGUUAGAACUGUAUUAAUAUAUCCAUCAUCUGUGUGAUAUCUUGCAUGCACAUGGAGUGAGUGCUUCAGCAUGCAGAGCUUUCUGUUGUGUCUAUAACCAUGUCAGUGAAUUCAGACUCCCCUUCAGAUCUCCCUAGUUCUGUGACCUUCAGACAAUGUGCAUGUGUAUAUAGCUACAAGUAUCAUAACAAAACCUGACAAGUUUUUUUUAAAUCCUUCAAAACUAUAUAAAGCAUUAGCUGUCUGUAAAUACCAGAAUCAUUGUGCAGUAUACUUGCUUGGAAAUGGUCCUCUUGUUGUGAAAUUUUAUGAGCAGGACACUGAUGCUCGCCUCUGAGUGAUAGUCACCACCCCUGAGGUAUACGCUACCUGGUGAGCAGCAACACACCUGCCCAGCACAGAAGAGGCUGUGCAGAGGGAAGUUCUCUGACAAUCCGGCAUCGUGAACACGUCCUUACCCAGAGAGUGCAAGAGACUCCACUACGGCGUCCUCAAACGGGACAGAGGAGGAAAGUCAUGAAGACCACCUCCAAGACUAUGGGACCUUCAAAGACACACAAAACUAAUACAACAAGGGCUUUGUCCACCACUGUUUUCGGAUGCAUCUAAAUUAUAUGCUCUUUUCUGCAGCCAAUUUGUUGUUGGUGUCAUUGCACGUUUAUUGCAAAUUUUAGACAUGAUGUUCUACACGUUCUGAUCAUCAGGACUGUAAAUUUGCAUUGAUUAUCCCAUGCACUAAGAAUAAACAGA